CGACCUGUCCUUCAGUUCUGGACCUUGAGCGGGUCCUGCCGCGGCUGACUGGAUCGGUAGUGGAAGCUGAGGUGGUAUCGGCGCAGGACGGGCUGCAGUGGCUGGUGCGGAGGUGGAAGCGCCAUGUCCGAGCCGCCCCCGCGGGGUGCCGAGCGCGACCUUUUCCGAGACACGUGGGUGCGGUACCUAGGCUAUGCCAACGAGGUGGGAGAGGCAUUCCGCUCUCUGGUGCCAGCGGCUGUGGUGUGGCUGAGCUAUGGUGUAUCCAGCUCCUACGUGCUGGCAGAUGCCAUUGACAAGGGCAAGAAGGCAGGAGACGUACGAAGCCCUGAAGCAGGCCGCAGUACCAGGGUGACCGUGGCUGUGGUGGACACUUUCGUGUGGCAGGCUCUGGCUUCUGUGGCCAUCCCAGGCUUCACUAUCAACCGCGUGUGUGCUGCCUCUCUCUACAUCCUGGGCACUGCCACCCGCUGGCCUCUGUCCAUCCGCAAGUGGACUACCACUGCAUUGGGGCUUCUGGUCAUCCCUGUCAUCAUCCACCCCAUUGACAGGUCAGUGGACUUCCUCCUGGACUCCAGCGUGCGCAAGCUCUACCCUUCAGUGGAGAAGCCCAGCUCCUCCUGACCUCACCCUGGUACCUGGCCUGUGAGUUGGCCUACUCUCUGCUCUGGUCCAACCUCCUCCUCCUGUCAGGGAAUAUGGAUGCCUGGUUCCCUGGGGUCUGAGGCCCUGGCAUUGAGUAUAUUUGAGCCUGAUGGA